CGUGCUUUUUAUCUAUCUGCGCUGUGCCAGUUGCGCACAUCCCGUAGCGGUUUCGAUAAUGGCGUCUGUCUCCGAGAUGCGCUCGGCUUUGGAAAAAUGAAGCGCAGAAGAGUUUAUUUCCAGUGAUUGACGCGGGGUUUCCAUUCGCGGACGGACUUUGCCUCUCUUGGUUCAGGUUCCGAUCUCAGUCGCGACGCGCAGCCUAAGAUGAUGAAGCUGAAGUCGAACCAAACGCGCACCUAUGAUGGAGACGGAUUCAAGAAGCGGGCCGCCUGCCUGUGCUUCAGGAACGACACCGAGCAGGAGGUGUUAUUGGUGAGCAGCAGCAGAUAUCCAGACAAAUGGAUCGUACCUGGAGGAGGAAUGGAGCCCGAGGAAGAGCCCAACGUCGCUGCUGUCCGAGAAGUCUGUGAAGAGGCUGGUGUCAAGGGCACUUUAGGAAGACUGGUAGGAAUAUUUGAGAAUCAAGAUAGGAAACACAGAACGUACGUCUACGUUCUCAUCGUAACUGAAGUUCUAGAAGAUUGGGAGGAUUCAUUAAACAUUGGGAGAAAAAGGGAAUGGUUCAAAAUCGAAGAUGCCAUAGAAGUGUUGCAGUGUCACAAACCAGUACAGGCCACUUACUUCGCGGCCCUACAGGAAGGCUGUCUGAACAGUAACGGGACGCCCCUGGUGGCCACGAUAGGGGGAGACCUGUCGCCCACCUACAGCAUUAAUCAGAGCUCCGUCUCUGAUAUCAGAUAACUAAUGCAAAACAUAGACACUUCGGAUGCUUCCACCACUCUUGCUCUUACUUUCCUUAUUCUAUCCUUUUCUUUUUCUUUAAAAAAAAAAGACACAAAAACAACGGGUGCCAAGGCUUUUUGAGCACCGAGAAGGUGGCGCAGAUAUCAAGUGUUGGUUGAAUAUUCGAAACGAUGUUUUGUAAAUGUAACACUUUUGCUUUUUCCUGUUUAAUCCUCCUUUCAUGCGGACUGUUGCAUGAAACCCGCGACCCACGUCCUUUUAGCGGCCCAAGAGUGAGAUUAAACGAAUGCAAGAACUACUUUUUACUGUUGUGAUGUAAAAAUCUUCACAUGGUGCGUCAGCAUGUGGCUUUCAGUAUUUUUACACAUUCGAUUUCCUCUGCGUGAACGAGUGUGAACGAGUUUUUCAUUAGCUCUCUUUCUGUGGUUGCGAGAGGAAACGUUUAGUCUUCUGAAUGGUGGAACUGUGAGAAGUUAAUAGUUUUGCAUGAACACUGGUAUUUAUUUGUCUUAUGAGUUUGCGUGAUGCGAUGAAUGUUUAACCUGUACUUCGUGUUAAAUCAAUGCUCUUAACUUACCCUUUUUUUUUUUUGUCUUGCCAUCUUGUAAAUAACUUGUGGGCCUGCAAAAACAUAUUUAAUUUAUACUAGUACCUGAUUAGACUGGAGCGCAAUUCUACAAGCGCACUUUUUGUUUAAUCCAGUACAUUUUUCUCCCCAACCCGCUGAGGUUUGAAGGACUUUGAAUUUAGUAUUGCAAACUUUACAAUGAAUCUUGUGUGUAAACUUGUGCCACUAGCAGCACCAAUUCAUUGCAACUAAAUUGUUCGGACAUUAUUUCUGUAAUUCCGUUUGGUGCUGCUAGUGAUGUAGAAACAAAACAAUUCCCUUUUAAGCAGACUGUGAUAGAGCGGUGGUAUGAUUUGGCAGGUUGUUGUUGUGCUGUAAUGGUUUUCUGUAGCACUUUUUAAAAUCAACAUGAAAACAAAAUGGACUCAAUUUACUUUUUAAUAUAUUUUCUUGGUUUCAUCGGUGCACCAUGCAACUGUAUAAUCCCAUUCUGGAACGAAACACCCAUUUUUCAAGAUUCAUUUAAUUUCUUCCUUACAAUACGUUAUACAUUUUACAGAAGUAAAAUGGGUUGCACGUACUAUGUUGACUUUAAGAAGUGCCACGGUAGAUAGAGUGGACAGUUAAAUCAAGAAGUAGCUUGGAAAUCCUCUCCCUAAACUAGAAGAUUCACUUCGAUUUUCAAAGCAAUCUGUUAAAAAAAACGAUGAACUAUGUUACCUGGCGGUUUCAUAAAUCUUUGCAAACAACAUGAAAUCAAAAUAGACGCUUUUUACUUUCUCGAUAUGUUUAAUGUAUUAUUGAGCAUGAUUCAUUUCAGUUCGUUGUUUCAGAGGGAAAAAAAUGCCAUCAAUAAUGAGCAGUUGAACUUGGAUCAAAUUAAACCACUUUUUUUUCCUUUUCUUAUGGAACAUACUGAAAUAUAUCAGAAUAUUUCAAUAGUCGUUAUUUACUUAUCAAGUUGUUUCAAACCUGUAUGAGUUUCUUUUUCCAUAAUAUGGGAAAAAAAUAUUAUGGAAGUCGAUGGCUACCGUUAACUAUUGAUUCUAUUUUUGUGUUCAACAGUAGAUAGAAACUCAUACAGGUUUGGAACAACAUGAAAGUAAGUAAAUAAUGACAGGAUUUUUUUUUUUUUAAAUGGAACUAUCUCUUUAAGGAAGUAAAAUGGGUUUCAUGUUCAUUUUAGCUGUUAGCAGAUGUUUACAUUUCGUUAAUACCAUAACAACUCUCAAAUGACACCUAAAGAGCUAUUGCAGGGGAGAUGUUUAUAUAGCAUAUUAUUUUUUGCACAAAACUAGCUCUAGUCUGCACUAGGACAGUUUUCACAUCAUGUUUUUGAGGGCACUUUUUAUGAACGUUCAGCAGACCCCAGAAAUGGUUUCAUCUUCCUUUAGUAGAUUUGGCUAUUAAUAUUUUUCUGACAGUUGCCGAAGGUGUUUUCUGGCAUUCUGUUUUCUUGGACUUCAAGUCCUGCUGAUGAGGUAUUUGGUUGUUUUAACCUCUCACCCUUUUUAGAAAUGACCAUAUCAUCAUCUACAACUCAUUUAAACAUCUUCUCUUUUGAAAUGUCAAAUACGUCUUGGAAGCCGAACUGCACGCUCUGUAAAGCGCUUGGCGCAAUACUGUGAAUCUUGAGCCACUGUAGUUAGCCAGAUGUUUUGGUGUCUUUUAAUCGCUCUUGUACAGAUCAAAACGUCAAAUUCCAGUGCUUGUCAUUAUGUAUAGAUAUGGUACACACAGGUUGGGUGAUUUAUUUCCUGGAAACUGAACCGCGUUAUUUUCGCACCUCUGGGAAUUUUAAGUGCGUUAUGAUGCAAAAUCCUUAUGAAGUACAUUUUUAAUUCAAGAUUUCAUUUUAUUGUUAGUCUGACUGCAAGAAUGAGUAAUGAUGAACCCAAGAUCUAAAACGUGAAUGAACAUACAUUUAUCAGUGAUUUAUGUUUACAUGCCUUCGAUUAAUGUCAACGCUAAUGUCAUCGAUUUUGCAGCUGAUUGCAAGUCUUUCUCUUUCACUUUUAGUGUAGCAUGUAAUAGCAAAUCUGUUCUGUUUUCUUGAUUGAGAUACGUGAUGGUGGCCAUACUAAUGUACCCCUCAUUUAGCACAGCAGCAUAUAAAAUAACUUUUUGACUUCUGUAGUAAGUGGAAGUGGCUGCGUCUGUAGCCGAUCAUUGCUGUGAAUGAUCUUCUCUUGAGCACAGUCGUUUCAAAGUCCUAAAAAACAAGGAUGUGAAAUCUAAACUGCUGCAUUUGAAGUACAUCACAGAUCAUGUGAAAUACCCAUAUCCUUGACGAACAUCUCACGGAAAGCACCUUAAAUUUGCCCUGCUUGUGACUCUGAAUGUAAACUUGGGUACAAUAAGAGUUCAGCCUGGUAAACAUGAUGUAAUCGGUUUAAAUGGGAUGCUGGAACUAGGACUGAAAUCUCCCAACACUCCUAAACAAAAGCUGAGACUUUAGUUCCACAGCCGUACCCUUCACUGGAAUAUUUUGCUUUUUCAUUUUGGGAUUGUGAAAUCAACCAGUAUAAGAAUGUAAUAUAAAUGUGCCAACUAAUAAACACCAGUAUUUCA